UUUUAAAUACAGGACCGGAAGUAAUGCAACUGCUCCGCGUAGUGGAAACACUGCAAUCAGAGUCAUAAUAAACCCGUCUUGUUUUCCAUCGAAAGCCAAAGCGUCUACUUUUGUACUGAAGUUUAUUUUGUAAGUGUUUUUUGUCGAGUAAAACGUGUCAGGCAGCGAUGGCUUCGCCGCUGGAGAUGACUGAGAUGUACGACAACGCGCUGCUAGGAAUCUUGCAGCAUGUUGGAAACAUUCAGGACUUCCUUCAGAUCUACUUCGGGUUUUUGUACAGAAAAACAGACUUCUAUCGCCUGCUGUCGAGUCCCAAUGACAAGAUGGGUUUCCCCCCUGGUGUGGCGGAGAAGAUGGUACACAAGACAUUUAAGCUGUUUGAGAAGUUGGCCGAGCAGGAUAGAGAGAGACAGUUAAGCGAAAUGCAGAAGAGAGCAGAGAGCAGAUGUGUUCCUGCUGCAGUUCAGGAACUGGAGGUCAACACUGAGCCGCAGGAGGGGAAGGAGGAACCCAGCCCAGAGACGGCACCGAAGGAGAGUGCAUCAGAUGAUGGUGGGAAUGUUCCAGCCCCUGCAGCUUCAGAUGUGAUCGUCAACCCUCAGCCUGACAGUAGCAACAGCAGCAGUGAUGGAGUUUCUGGGACGCCUGAACAAGGAGACCAGGCAGCUGCAGCAACCUCGUCAGAGGGGACUCAGGAGAGAUUUCAGUGCGACCCCGACAGCUACAAUGGAGCAGUGAGGGAAACCUACAGCUGGUCUCAGGACUACACUGAUGUGGAGAUCCGUGUGGUUGUACCCAAGACAGUUGUUAAAGGGCGACAGGUCAGCGUCAGCCUGCAGACCAGCAGCUUAAGAGUGUGUGUUAGGGAUGGAGCCAAAGAGGAAACACUGAUGGAGGGCGAGUUCCAACACAAGAUCAACACAGAAAACUCUCUGUGGAGCCUCGAACCUGGCAGCUGUGUGGUUCUGUCCCUCAACAAGUCCUCAGAUGUUUGGUGGAGUGCGGUGCUGAAGGGAGAGAAAGAGAUUGACAUCAACCAGAUUAACCGUGAGCGCUCCAUGGCGACAGUUGAUGAAGAGGAGCACGCUGUUCUGGACAGACUUAACUUUGACUAUCAUCAGAAGCUGCAGGGCAAACCUCAGAGCCAUGAAAUGAAAGUGCAUGAAAUGCUGAAGAAGGGCUGGGACGCUGAAGGCUCACCUUUUAAAGGGCAGCAGUUUGACCCGUCCAUGUUUGACAUCCCGCCCAGCGCUGUACAGUUCUGAGACGUAGAUGAAGCUCAGGUAAUCCAAGGAACUGGACAAUGAGUUUAUUUAUGGAGCCGGUUGUAAUAAAGACGAUGUUUACCUGCUGUGUUGGAGGUGUGUCCAUAACUCGCUGGUGAAUACACACAGUGUCCACUAUCAUGUGGCCGCAAUACACGUUUGUCUGCCUCACUGAGCGACUCUGUCUUGUGUUAUUUCCACUGUCAAACCCAUCACGUGAGACAGUAUCAGUGUGCAUCAAGUCAAGCGUGAUUACUUGAGUUCAUCAGUUUCACUUAAAGAAACAAAUCUGUACUUCUAAGAUGAGCUUGAACAAUAUGCAAACACUGAAAUGAGUGUUUCAACCUUGGUUGUGGGGCUGCCAGGAAUUCAAAUGUAGUUACCUGAAAUGUGUAGUUAUUGAUAAAACAAAUAUUGAUAAAAAAUACUUUUCAUCUAAUUAUUCCUUUUGGAAUUAUAAAACACCACAUACAAUCUUAAGAAAACUGUGUUCUAUCACUUAAUGAAUAUAAUUUGUUCAAAUAAAAUGCAGCAUAUAAAAA